AUGGUUGAGCUCCAUGAAAUUUUAGAAGGAUCUUCAUCUUCUUCAUCAACUCAAGCUCAAAGAUAUGACGUAUUUUUAAGUUUCAGAGGUCUCGACACUCGUAAUAGUUUCACUGCUUACCUUCAUAAAGCUCUCAUGGAUGCCAAUAUCAAUACCUUCUUGGAUGAUGAAGAGAUUGAAACCGGGGAAGAUCUGAAACCAGAAUUGGAGAGUGCCAUUAAAGCAUCGAGAGCUUCUGUUAUCAUUUUGUCUAAGAAUUAUGCUAAUUCAACGUGGUGUCUUGAUGAAUUGGUGCUGAUCCUUGAGCAACGUAAGACAUCCAACCAUAUCGUUAUCCCCAUAUUUUAUCAUGUUAAGCCCACACAUGUCAGGAAGCAAGAAAGUAGCUUUGGAGAUGCAAUGACUAAGCAUAAACAGAUGAUGGAGGCGGAGACAAAUGCAAAUAAAAGAAGAAAAUCGGCUCAAAAAAUAGAUCGAUGGACUAAAGCACUUGUAGAAGUUGCUAAUAUAAAAGGGAUGGACCUAAAUGGCAGUUUCAGGCAAGAGAUGGCAUUUAUUGAAGAAAUUGUUACAGACAUCUACCGUAGAUUACACAUAUCCUCAAGGAGUCAUCUACCUCAACUUUUUGGGAUGGAUUAUUCUAUUAGAUUCGUCACUUCAUGGUUGAGAGAUACAUCCUCACAUACAGCAGAUGUACUCACUAUUUUGGGUAUUGGUGGGAUUGGGAAGACAUCUUUAGCCAAAUAUGUCUAUGGGUUAUAUUCUCAUGAAUUUGAUACAAACAACAUUAUUGAAGAUAUUAGUAGGAGAUGUGAAAAAACUGAUGGGUUGCUUGCUUUACAAAAACAACUCUACAACGGCAUUUCAAAACAAAGUCCGAUUCAUGUUCAUGAUUCUUCGGUAUACACGUCCAUGAUAGAGAAUGCACUAGUCUAUAAAAAGAUGUUUCUAGUUCUUGAUGAUAUCAAUAGUCUUGACCAGUUGGAUGCAUUACUUGGAAGCAAAGGUCUUCAUCCAGGAAGCAAAAUCAUAAUCACAACAAAGGAUGCGUGGUUGACAGAGAGUUGUGUGCUAUUCAAAACGAACGUUAAACCCAAGCAUACAAAUCAUGUGCUUAAAGGCUUAUAUAAGACUGAAUCACAAAAACUUUUGUGUUAUCAUGCAUUCAUGUGCAACGAUCCCAAGGUAGGUUAUGAAGAGGUGUCAGAAAAGCUUGUGGAGUAUUGUGAAGGGCAUCCGAUGGCUCUUCAACUUUUAGGCAAAAAUCUACAUAAUCGAGACGUAGCUUAUUGGGAGGGGUACAUAGAAGAGUUAAAGAAAGAAAAUGGUUCACCUAUAAAUAAUGUAUUGAGAAGGAGCUUUGAUACUUUGCCAUUCAAAAAUCAUAAGGACUUGUUUAAGCAUAUUGCUUGCUUUUUUGUUGGAAUGGAUAGAGAUGUUGCCGAAACAAUUUUAAAGGCAUGUGAUAUAGACACAAGAUCUGGGAUCACGGAUCUUAUUAACAGGUGCCUUGUUAGUAUUGGAUUGAAUAACGAAUUGAUGAUGCAUCGGCUGGUUCAAGAAAUGGGAAGGCUAGUAGUACGUGAAGAAUCGCCUGAUAAGCCAUGGGAAAGAAGUCGAUUAUGGUGUCACGAGGACUCAUUCAAAGUGAUGAAACAAAAAAAGGGUACGGAAAAUGUUCUAGGCCUCGCCCUUGACAUGAGAAUGCUUGAGAAAGAGAAGUUACAUGGAUCACUUGAGUUAAAGACAGACGCAUUGAGUAAGAUGGAUAGUCUAAUGCUGCUACAACUUAAUUAUGUGCAAAUAACUGGCUCUUACAAGAAUUUUCCAAAAGAAUUAAGAUGGUUGUCAAUAUUGAAUCAUUUGGGAGUUGUUAUAGCUAUCCCCCGACGACUUCAUAAGAGGCUAAAGCAAUUGACUGGAUGGUGGUCAAAAGACAAAAGGCUGCUUGGAUCAUUGAAGAUUCUUAAUUUAAGUUUCUGUGAACAACUUCAUAGUCUUGGUGGGUUUGACCACCUCCCGAAACUUGAGAGGUUAAUACUUAGAGGUUGCAUUGGUUUGCUUGAUGUUUGUGAAUCAAUUGAGCAAUGUUUCGAACUUGUUCUCAUUGACCUAAGCUACUGCAACAAGCUUGAAAAACUUUCAAGAAGUUUACACAUGCUAAAGAAAGUUAAAACUCUUUUGCUGAAUGGUUAUUAUCUAGGUGAAUCUCAAAUCAAGAUUAGGGAUAUGGAUUCAUUGGGCAUGCUCAAGGCUAACAACAUUGGCAUAAACACAAUAACCUCUUCCUCCGUCAUUCAGGAGGUUAUACCAAGGGAUUUAAAGUUUUUUGCAGUGUCUUUACCGAAAUAUUUAGUAAGCUUGUCACUCAAGAAUAAUAAUUUGUCUACCGAAUCCUUUCCCGUGGACUUCAGUUGCCUAUCCAUGUUAAAGGAAUUAUAUUUAGAUGGAAAUCCUAUCGUUUGCCUGCCUAAUUGUGUUAGAAGCCUUCCUAGGCUUGAGACACUUAGUAUGAAAGACUGUAAUAUGCUGACGACAGUUGAGCAUCCUCCACAUACACUAGCAUUUAUGGACCUCUCUUUUGAUUCUAAUAAGCCUUUGCUUCGAAGAGUUGUAUUUGAUCCAGAAAUGUCCCCACUCAUUUUCAUAAUAAACUGGAAGAUGUUAACUUCUUCGUCAUGUGAAAUUCAAGGCUUGAUCAAAAGCCAACCAAUGUCAAAUGUUUCCGAAAAGGUAUUACGAAGUUUGGGCUGGAGUAAGCUAAACUUCCUUAAUGCUAGGUUUGUGAAAACUGACGUUUUUUUUGGAGGAUCGGAGGAAUCUGAAAUCCAGAUGUAUUAUGAAUUUGGCAUAUUCAGCAUAAUUUAUGGACACGAAGAGAUGCCAGAUUGGAUUAUGGAUAGAAGCACAGGGCCAUCAACAUCAUUUACCAUCCCAUCAUCUCCUAACAACCUCACAGGAUUGAAUUUCUGCUACAUAUUGACAUCUCCAUUUCCAGAUGAGAGGUUUGGAUUCGGAGAUGAUGUGUACCUUAGGUUGCCUGUAAUCAUAAUUAAUAAUAUAACUAAGAAACACACCUGGAUAUACGAACACAACAAUGAUAGUGUACUUUAUGAGGGUGGAAAGUGUUUGAUGUUUCUAAGCCAUUGGAUGUUUGGGAUGAAUGACAUGGAAUCUGGUGACCACAUUACAGUUAGUGUGAUGGAGUUGGUAGAUGGUGCCUUCUUUAGUAGUACUGCGAGUAAGAAACCAUGUCAUUUUACAAAAGAGUGUGGGGUGAGUUUUGUGUAUGAUGAUGGAGAAGAAAAAGAAGAAGAAGGAGAAGAUGUGUUGGGUUAUUACAAGUCAUGGAAUCACAUCAUUGGUGGAGAUCUUACUGGAUUUCAUUCUGUGGAGAAGGCGCCCGCUUUAAAGAUGACCAAGUGCACUUCAAAGCUUUCUCUCAAAGAAGGUCUGACGUACAGGAGGUUGGUCCUUAAGUGCGAUUUUUUCUGGAUUUCUUGUAUGUGCAAAACAGCAAAAGACAUGUUUGCCCUUCUCAUCUUGAUAGUUGAAAAUAGCCUUAGAAUGCUUGUUCAGUCAUGUUAUGUAUAAUAUAAAUGUUGCCUCGGUGGCACUGUAAAUGAAUGAACUUAAGGUC